CCCCCGGUGCAGCCCCGGGCCGCGGUCGGUGCCGGUGCCCCUCACGCCUCUCUCCCCCCGCAGUUCUAUGACCUGUGCGAGCUGUUCCGGACCGGCGGGCAGGUCCCCGACACCAACUACAUCUUCAUGGGGGACUUUGUAGACCGAGGGUAUUACAGCCUCGAGACGUUCACGUACCUCCUUGCACUAAAAGCCAAGUGGCCUGACCGUAUCACGCUGCUGCGAGGCAACCACGAGAGCAGACAGAUCACCCAGGUGUACGGGUUCUACGACGAGUGCCAAACCAAAUACGGGAACGCCAACGCCUGGAGAUACUGUACCAAAGUCUUCGACAUGCUCACAAUAGCAGCUUUAAUAGACGAGCAGAUCCUGUGUGUGCACGGGGGCCUCUCCCCAGACAUCAAGACCCUCGACCAGAUCCGGACCAUUGAACGGAACCAGGAGAUCCCUCACAAAGGCGCCUUCUGCGACUUGGUGUGGUCGGACCCGGAGGACGUGGACACGUGGGCCAUCAGCCCUCGUGGGGCAGGCUGGCUCUUCGGGGCCAAGGUCACCAACGAGUUUGUUCAUAUCAACAACCUGAAGCUGAUCUGCAGAGCACACCAGCUCGUCCAUGAAGGAUACAAAUUCAUGUUUGAUGAGAAGUUGGUAACGGUAUGGUCAGCUCCCAACUACUGCUACCGCUGCGGGAACAUCGCCUCCAUCAUGGUCUUUAAAGAUGUAAAUACAAGAGAACCAAAGUUAUUCCGCGCAGUUCCAGACUCAGAGCGUGUCAUUCCCCCCAGGACAACCACGCCGUAUUUCCUCUGAGCCCCUGCCCGCCUGCUGUCACCUCUCCCUGUCCUGCCCCUCUACAAUAUACUUUUUAUUGAGCACUUUGCUGCUGAAAUGCUGCCUCUUGCCUUUUUUAUUUUUAAAUUAUCUAAAUUUAUUGUGUAUUAUGGUGUCUGUAGCGAUUUUUUUUCCCCCUCCCCUAGAUUAAUUUCAGAGUAUUUGUAAUAUGUCCUUGAGAUUUGUACUACUGCAUGUAGUCCUCGCCUAGUCCUGGGUUAGAUGAACCGAUUCCUUUAACCACCGCGCUCCGGGAGCCGCUCGGGCCCGUCUCGUUCAGCUUUUUGUUUUGGUAAGUUUUAAGAAAUUUCAGCAGCAAAGUCAGUGCCCGGUGUGCGGCGGGGCCGGGGCUGCCCGUGCUGCCAGCCUUUUCCGAGUGUUACGUGGAUCCCAAUAAAGCGGUCGAAGGGCUGUUCCCUGUUCCCGGUUUGUUCCGUUUUCCUCGGGAUCCCGAUGAAACCCGCGCACCUGCUGCAGCGACGGGAUUUGUACAUUAAAGUUAUUGUUCGGAUUUUUUCCAGGCUCUGUUGU